CAGCGUCGACGACCAGCACUGGCUCGUCGAGCAGCUCCAACUCGAGUGUUCUCGCAGGCGUGCCCAGCUCGCACACGUCGCGAGCCUGACGCAGCUCGAUCUCGCACCCGCACAUUCGCCUGCGCACGCCGACGCCGACAUGGCCGACGCGGCGUGACGUACCCGGCCUCGAGCAUGGUCGAGCGAGCGGCGAGCUCUUCUUCUUUGGGCGUCACGAGGGCCCGCUCGCGCGCGCCUGCGCCGCCCUCGCCAUGCUCGACACGACCUUGUCGACGUCGUCCUCUCGAACGUCGACCCGUUCAUGUUCUCGAUCCGCAUGGUCCAGAUCAACAAACCUGACCUCGCAGGCCGCCGUCAUGAGCACACACGGCUCCCGAACGAUGUACUGUCCAACCUCGACCCGUUCGCGCUCCUCAUCCUCAUCCCGAUCAUGGACCUGCUCGUCUACCCUGCCCUCCGUCGCGCCGGCAUCAACUUCUCGCCGGUCAAGAAGAUCUUUGCCGGCUUUGCGUGCGGCGCGCUCGCCAUGAUGUGCGCCGCCCUCGUCCAGCACGAGAUCUACAAGCGCUCGGCGUGCGGCAACGAGGCCGCCACGUGCGAGGUCGAGCCGUUCGUCCCCGACCUCAACGUCUGGAUCCAGACGCCGUCCUACAUCCUCAUCGCCCUGUCCGAGAUCUUUGCGUCGAUCGUCAGCCUCGAGCACGUCUACCGCAAGGCGCCCCAGUCGAUGCGGGCCAUGGCCACGACGGUCGGCUUCUCGACGAUGGCCCUCAUCGGCGGCUCUCGUGUCGGUCGCUCUCGGUCUGCUCCCGAGCCGGGCAGGGUGCUCUCGAGGCGGGCAGGAAACAUGUCGAUGCAGGGAGCGCACGAGGAGGAGGGGUUCCGAGAAGGCGAGGUUUGACAUUGCGAAAGGGGGUACAGGCAUACAGCGCGAGGGGAGGGGAGGGGAGAGGGAGAGAGAGUCUACUGCGACAGAGAGAGAGAGAGACGGGAGAGCUACUUCCAGCGGAAGUUGAACCAGCGGGCGAGGCGUCCGGGCUGGAACGUUUCGCCACGCUCUGCGCGCUCGACCGAGUCGAGGAUGCGGGCGUAGUGCUUGGGGAAGCUGGCGGGCUUGGAGGUGCGGUCGGUCAUCGGGUAGGCCUUGAGUGCGCGGUUCUCUACGAUGCGGGUGAGGGCAACUGCGGCAUUGGUGGCCUUUCGGAGCUGCUCGGGGCUCAAGGUGGCCGAGGGAGCGAGUUGGCGGUCGGC